UGUCUGAGUGAUGAUUUUAUUUCUGUCGUUUGUAGUCUGAGUCGGCUCACCCGGUCAACAUGUCACCGAUUUUAUCGCUGCUUUUGGUCGCCGUCUGCGUGUCGGCGGCACCGACAGUGGAUGAGUCGGCCGACAUGUUUCUGUUGGCCACCGAGUGGCCUCAGACUGCCUGUCUGAUGCACAGUGGCGGCUGCUCCAUUGCCGACAACGUCACCACCUUCACCGUCCACGGACUCUGGCCCGAUAACUACAGCGGCGACGACCCCUUCUACUGUGAUGGAGAGAGCUUCGACCUGGACAAGCUGAACGACCUGCUGCCUCUGAUGCACCAGCUGUGGCCGAAUGUCUACGCCGACAACACGGCCUACAGCUUCUGGAAGCACGAAUGGGACAAGCACGGCAAGUGUGCCGUUUCGACCGGAGUGUACCCCGAUCAGCACAGCUACUUCGCCGAGGCCCUGGCCAAGGUGGCCCGCUACAACGCCUUCCAGAUUCUGGCUGACGCAGGCAUCGGACCCAGCGACCAGCCCCUGGACCUGAACAUGGUCACUGGGGUGCUGGACGAGGCUCUGGGCACCCGCUUCAAGAUCAACUGCCAGAAAAUCGACAACAUGUUCCUGAUCUACGAGGUGGAGGUGUGUUUCGGUAGCGAGCACACCCCAGUCGACUGUUACCUGGACGACGACGAAUCGACAUUCCGCGUGAGCAGCUGCAGCCACACGGAGCCUGUCUACUACCUGCCCAUCGUCCACAACAACUGAAAACCGGAUACAACUGGAUCUGACCGGACAGAAGUGGAUUCAACCCCAACGGAGGUGGAUUUAACCGGAUUAAAUCAGAAGAAGCUGGUUUAAAAUUGUCGAAAAUAGACGGAAAUGGAAUAAAUCGAAGGAAAUGAGACUGGAUGACAUUUGACCGAUGCGCACUGAUCCUGGUACAAAUGAGCUUUUUGAACUAAACUGAACUGAACUGAGCCAAUGGCACUGAAACUACCGGAUUUAGACAAACGGAAUCAAACCAAAACGGGAUGAACCGGAAUGAAUCCAGCUGAUCUGACUGAACCAGACGGGUUGUUAAAACCGAAGGCAAGCUCAGGCUGGUACGGUAACUACAAAGGUUGUCCGUUGUUAUUUUGUUCUGUUUUGGCAUCAUGUAUGGUCUUAUUCUUGUUCCAACGGGCUUCCCUAUAACGUUUUCAUUAACUGUUGUGUUCAUGUAUCAAAAUGUUUAUUAUGAAUAUCUUAUCAAUGUACCACCAUUUUGAUUCCAAAAGUGUUGCAAUAAGUAGUAAUAAAUACACCAUUAAAAUUCA